AUGGUGCCCAUGCAUAUCCUAAAAGGGCUGGCCACCUUCACCCUCAACCUCGCCCACGACCAGACUGCUCAAAGUCGUGUCCUCGCCCAGUCCUUCGCGUCCAAGGCAGCCGAUCCCAAGCUUAAGGAGCGCUAUGCCACUUGUGCUGAACACUACGACCAUGCUGUCGACGACAUCGAGGAUGGAAAGAACUACUUGGGGAAAGGUGACUACAAUGGCAUCAACACUAUGGCGUCUGCAGCCAUGAUGGAGGCCGGCGACUGUCUGGAUAGUUUCAUGCAGCCGUCGAAGGACCCAUCGGUGCUGUCUGACAAUGGGAAGGCUGUGGAAGAUAUUUGUAGUAUCAUCUUGAAUAGGAAGUAG